AUGGUGUUCAGUCGUAUUUGUUAUCAGGAGGUUUUGGUCAGUGUUCGUGGAUAUUGGUGCGGAAAUUCCAGUUUCAGAUAUUCGUGCCGGUUCGUUGGUUAUUUCGAAUUGGUUGUUUUCAGCAUUCGAUUGGCGAAUGUUGAUGGAUGUGGUUUUCCAUUUGGUGGUUUGUAA